AACGUUCUAGUGAAGGAAGGUACUAAUUAUUUGGUCUCCGAUUUGAUCGAAAUCGGAAAUUAUUUUGAAUUUUCUUUCUUAGAGAACUCAUUUCCAAGCUGCAUGACCACUUAUAGUAAUCUGUCUGAGAUUUUGACAAUGUAGGUAAAAAUUAGCGUUCAUUGACCGUGGUUAUCAACCAUAUUACUUAAUCAAAUUAUUAAGUUUAGGUGCUCGUUCGACGCACAAUUUGACGUUAUUUAAUUUCUGAAAGCAUUCGUUUUUCGCCUAGAUAUAUUGUUUAGAUAAAUCUGGAUUUUUUUGGCUGUAAAUAGUUUUCUCUUGUUACCCGUGUAUAUAUAACACUUAACCAUGUUAGCAAUAUUUUGCUUACAUGUCUAAACCCAUAUAUAGGGUGUCCCGUAAGUAAGGGAAAUAUUUAAAGCAGUGAUAGCAGAACUCAAGAAACACAAAAACGUUUGUAUAAACAAUGGUUCAUUUCAGCAGACAAGUAAGAAAUUAUUUUUGUGACAUUUGUGAAUUUAGUUUUGUGAGUUUGCAACGAGCUUGCCCAAGAAUUUUGCCAAACUGAGUUUGCCUGUAGUGUAGUACCACACAAAGCAAAGGUUGUGUGUGACAAAAUUGAAGCUCAUUACAGAACGGCAGUGUUAUCCACAUUUAUUUCCUAACCUUUUGCCAUGCCUGGACCAUAUAGAAGGAAGAAAACACAUUAUGGUGAUACCCAUCUUCAAAGACGAUGGAGAACUAGAAAUAGAAAAAGAGACUUAGACCAAAUUGAUGGUGAUCUAAAGGAAGAAAAUGCAGAAAAGUUGCUAAAUCAAGAGGUUGAUGUUGACAAACCAGGUGAUGCUCAGUUCUAUUGCCUACAUUGUGCACGAUACUUUAUUGAUGAUAAUGCUAUGAAUGCACAUUUCAAAACUAAAGUUCACAAGAGACGACUGAAAGCCCUUGAGUUAGAACCAUAUUCAAUAGAGGAUUCGGAACGAGCAGCCGGACACGGGAGCUACAUUCCUCCUAAAAAGAGAAAACUUCAAACCCAAACACCCAUUACUGAGAAAGAUGUUAUUAAAGAGAUGGAACUUUCUAUGAAUUAAAAUGUAUAAAAAAUUGAAAAUUGUUUUGCCUAACUAUUUUAACCAACAUUCCAGAUUUUUCAAGCAUGCUGCUUGUAAAUAUUCAAAAGUAUCAACUCAUGAUGUUAAAAAUAAUAUCUAUUCCAUUUUAAAUCCUUAUAUUGAUUUUGAAGACCGUCUAAAUGGCAUUGCACUGCAUCAAAGUAUAAAGGAAAGAAAUUUAAAUAUUGAUCUAGAGAAUGUUGUGAGUUUGUGGAAUCAAUACAAAGAAAUUGAAGAAACCAAGUUAAAACUUGAAAGGUCCCGGGAAGAAAUAGCUGAAAGAAUUAAAACAUUUGCUGAUCCCUUGAAACACAAGUCAGACAUCGAAGGACUAAAAAUCAAAGGAAAAAUAAUAAGGAAAGAUCUUAAAAACACUUCCCUUGUUUUUUCAGACUUAGAACAAAGAUUAUUACCACAAAUAUUAAGGUUACCAAAUGAUUUAGAAGAUGGUCUGUAUUCAAAGGACAGCAAAAUUUAUUUAACACCAAAUCCAAAGAAUGACUAUCAUUUAGAUAUUGCAAAUAAACUGGAUUUAAUUACUUAUGUUUCUCCUUUCGCAUAUUUUUUGAAAAAUGAGGCAGCAGAAUUCGAACUAUUAUUAGCUUCUAGUUUUUUCAAUUUUUUUUUAAAGCAAGGUUUCAUUCCUUUUUCCAAUCCUGAUUUUUCUAGAAGCAGUAUAAUUGAAGGAUGUUCAAUAAAUCCUGAUUUGAUUUUUACACUUCAGCGCAAUAGCAAUGAUAGUGAUCAAUUUUAUUUAAAUGGAACUGCCUCUCUGUUACCUUUUUGCAGCUUUUACUCAAGACAUGUCUCACAAACUGUUCCUUUGAGGCUAGUUACACAGGGCAGACAUUAUGCACCGGUUGAUAUUAACCAACAUGAUGGUCUUUAUUCUGUAAGCCAAAGUAAUGCAGUUCAGAUAUUUAUUGGGUCCUCAGAUUCUACCAAAGCUGAUGAAUUUAAUAAGGCUGUGGAAUUACUGUCAGAAAUUUAUAAACAACUGGAUCUACCAUUUAGAGUAAUUAAAAUACAUCCUACUCAGUUAGAGCUUGCAGAAGCACUGAAGGUUAGUUUCCAGGUCCAUUCUCCGUUCAAAAACGAAUAUAUCGAAGUUGGAAAUUUAUCUUUUUAUGGAGACUACAUUAGUAAAAAACUUAGAAUCUAUUAUAAAGAUAAUGAAACUAUUAAUUUCAUGUCUAUGAUUUCUGGAACCAUCUUAAAAAUUCCACCUCUUUUGGGUACCUUUUUAGAGAAUAAAAGAGACUGUAAAAUACCUGAAGGAAUUUUAGCUUAUGCUUGAUGAAGUGAGUAUGUAAUGUAUUAUUUUGGUUGUCAUAAAACUUUUUGAAGAUAUGUCAAGAAUCAAAUAUCUUUAUAAUUUAUUUUUUCAACUUCUAUAAUUAUUUUCAUUUUUGUAUUUUUUUUUCUUUCUGAAAAAGGUUAUUUUCUGUUAUGUAAGUAAUGUUAGGGUACUUACCAUCUCAUAUUUAGUAUUAUGUGAUUAACUAGUUUUGACGUAAGAGACUUGUUAAUAUUCUAGAAAAUAGUUUUAUGUCUUAAAAAUUUAAAACUUAAAAAAGGAAGUGGCUGUAAUAGUAAUUCAUGGUUACAGCAGUAAUAAGAAUAUUUGUUCAAAACAUAGUUAAUAUAUUUUAGGGAUUGAUAGUUGGGAUGUAGACACAAAAUAAAAAUUAUGUAAAUUAUUUCAA